AUGAAAGUGUUGGCAGCUGAUGGAUUGAGCUUUUCUGUACCAAUCGAUUCUGUUUCCAAAAUUAUUGACCAUUUCAAAACUAAUGGGAGAGUGGUGCGACCUUGGCUUGGUCUAAAAAUGCUUGAUCUGAAUGAUAUGAUUGUUGCUCAGCUCAAAGAAAAAGAUGUCAUGUUUCCCAAUGUUACCAAAGGUGUUCUUGUGCCUAUGGUAAGUCCAGGAUCCCCUGCGGAACGAGCUGGUUUCCGCCCGGGAGAUGUUGUCGUUGAAUUUGAGGGGAAGCCUGUCGCAAGCAUAAAAGAGGUGAUUGAAAUUAUGGGGGAUAAAGUUGGAAAACCGAUGAAAGUUGUGGUGAAAAGGGCAAAAAAUACUUGUAUUACGUUGACUGUGAUACCCGAGGAAGCAAACCCAGAUAUGUAAAUGCUUAUUGGCUAAAGUAGGAAUUAGGGGGCCCUAAGUUUGUAGUUUUAGGGCAAAAUUAUUGAUUUAUAUAUAUUAUAAAGGUACUACUUUUUUGUUUUCUUAUUAUUGGUGUUUAACUUGGUUUAAAUGUGAUAAAUAUGAAU